AUGCUCGCUGCCUCGGUCGACGAUGAGCAGGCUGAAUCAGAGCUCUCUGAAAUCAAGAGUCAGGCGAAGAUGAUCUUUCGGCGAUUGAAUCGCAACUCCGCCCCUCAGGCCAGCAUUGAGUCCGGCAAAUACAAUCUACACUACACGAUCCAAGACGACAUUUGCUUCCUGUGCAUUGCCGAUAAAUCGUACCCCCGCAAACUCGCCUUCACAUAUCUUGCCGAUCUGGCCUCUGAAUUCACAACCACCUACCAAUCCUCACAAUACCUCUCGCCUACCCUUCGUCCAUAUGCCUUUGUUGAAUUCGAUACCUUUAUUCAGCGCACAAAGAAACUGUACCAGGACAGUCGCGCAUCGCAGAACCUCGACAAGUUGAACGACGAGCUCCGUGAUGUCACCAAGGUUAUGACGAAGAACAUAGAGGAUCUUUUGUAUCGUGGUGACAGCUUGGAGCGUAUGGGCGAGUUGUCUGGUCGACUGCGCGAAGACAGCAAGAAAUAUAGAAAGGCAGCUGUACGCAUCAAUUGGGAAUUGUUGCUGAAGCAGGUGAGACCCGACUGA